GGGGAAAUUGUUGCUAGGUUUGUUUAACCCUUGUAAUAAAAAUUCAAAAUAUACUUGAAUAUAUAUGUAACUUAAAAUGACUACAGAAAACGCCGAUGAAGUUCCGGCUGAUGUGAUAAUCAUCGGUGAUGGUGAACGCGAUGACGGUGAUAGUGAGCUACACGCGCUCUUACUUCCAGAUGUCAACAAUCUCCCAGCUGUUCCCCCUUCUUCAAUUGACUUCAAUUUUGUUACAUAUUUUGCUCCUGAUCUAAUGAAGCCGGAGCAUGAUCAGUAUAUUUAUCGCCAUCCAAAUGGCUUGUGUGUUAUUGGCUUGGCUGCUGGUCAUGUGGCCUUUAAGGAUGAAGGAGGAAUCACUGAAGUUGAUUUCAAUGUUGGAAAGUCAAACCGAAGUGAGAUCAAGGUCACUGGGAAACGCAAAAGGAAUGCACAAUAUUUUGAGUCCAACACGGCCUUAUGUAAAGUUUGCACCAAGAAUGCUUUCUAUAUUGUGAGAUGUUGUAUAAAAGGCUCUCUGCUGGAAGUGAAUGAACGGUUAAUCAAGCAGCCGGAGUUGUUGAAUUCAUCAGCGUAUAGAGAAGGGUACGUUGCUAUUAUGAUGCCCAAACCAGCAGACUGGCUCAAGGCCAAAGAUACCUUCAUGACCUUUGACGAGUACAAGAAGUUGAGACAGUUUUAAAAAGCUCCACAUUUUGUAUCAAAUUUAUUUAGAUAUCCAAGAAUGUUUACAUUUCUAGUUUCCUAAAUGUAACUUAUCAAGCAGCUACAGAAAGUUCGAAUUUUUCAAAAUCAGUUCUGUGAUCCAGGAAUUAUUUCUUCUA